AGGAGGGAGGGAGGGAGGAGGCUGAAGGCAGCCCGGGCAGGAGGAGGCGAGGAUGGAUUUCCAGCAGCUGGCGGACGUUGCGGAUAAAUGGUGCUCCAACACCCCCUUCGAGCUCAUCGCCACCGAGGAGACCGAGAGGAGGAUGGAUUUCUAUGCCGACCCGGGCGUGUCCUUUUACGUCCUCUGUCCUGACAACAGCUGCGGGGACAAUUUCCACGUGUGGAGCGAGAGCGAGGACUGCCUGCCUUUCUUGCAGUUGGCGCAGGACUACAUCUCCUCCUGUGGUAAAAAGACCCUCCACGAAAUACUGGAAAAAGUCUUCAAAUCAUUCAGACCUCUAUUGGGGCUUCCAGAUGUAGAUGAUGAUGCAUUUGAAGAAUAUAAUGCAGACGUGGAAGAAGAGGAGGCAGAAGCCGAUCACCAGCAAAUGGGUGUCAGUCAGCAGUAAUAUUUGGAGGAAAUUAAAAUUAUAUUUUAUCCUACCAGGUGGGGUCUUAUGCUUCUGCAUUAGCAUUUUUUUU